CUCCAAACUAAGUGUCAAGACUGUACUAAUCCGAUCCAUGGAGUCAUCCAUCGUCUUCUCUAUCUCUCGCCUCUCCCUCAUCUCUCCCUCAAAGCCUCAAUCUCUCCCAUUAUUUCAGCCAUGGAAGCACAGAACUCCGGCGCCGACGACCCGCCUCCAUUGCCACAAGAUGUACGUCCCCGGACACGGAGUUCCGCCGGAAAAGACAGCGGCGAAACACCUUCAUCAUUUCUUCAACUUCGUCGCUGUUAAGAUUGUCGCUGCUCAGCUCCAGAGUUACAAUCCUGAGGCGUACGAUGAGCUGAUGGAGUUUCUGGAGAGACACUCUUUGAAUGAUGCAGAUAAGUUUUGUGCUGAUUUGAUGCGUGAAUCGUCGAGGCAUCAGAACUUAGCAUUGAGGAUAAUGGAGGUUCGUUCAGCAUACUGCAAAGAAGAUUUUGAAUGGGACAACUUGAAGAAAGUAGCAUCUAAGAUGAUGGAUGAAUCUAAUACAAGACUUUUGAGGAACUACAUCGAGGAAACUAGUUGCUUGGAUCAAGUCAAAUGAUUGCUCAUUCUACUUCAAUACUACUCAAUUGUCUACUAUAUAUACAUAUACAAGUUCUAUAUAUGUAAUAUAAUCAUUGUUAUGAUACCAAAA